CGGUUGUUGUUGUUCUGACGUCGAACGAACGGGACGUGUGUCGCGCGUUAAAUUAAAAAAGAUAUACAUAUAUAAUAAUAAUAUAGAUAAACCAGAGCUCCGAUACGCACGCGAAAAUUGAUGCGAAAGAAUCGAAAUAUAACAGAACGUCAGCUAUGAAAAAGAAAAGCAACAACACAACUACACCUAAUUAAGUUAACAAAAUUGUUUUUCCGGACGCGAAAUGAAAAUGUAAUCAAAGAGACGAAAUGAAAUUAACUGGCAGUCAAACGUAGAGCAGCAAAGUCAGUCAAACAAAUUGCUCGACAACCUCAACAAACCAAUGGGGAAAUGGAAACAGACUACAUCUCCUUCCUUCUCUUCGUGUGUGGCUGUAGAACCAUAGGACAUUGCUUGAAAAUCGUACACGGAAAAUUUGCGCACAGAUCGUAAAUGUGAAGCGCGCGCGGCGUGGCAGAAAUUGUGGAAAAUUCAAUACAAAACGGCGCGACAAUAACAAAAAAAAAAAAAAAAGAAAAUAAAUAAAAGGCAAAGAGAAGAAAAGAAAUUUUGCAAAGCAGCUGUGUCUAUCUCAAUGUGAGCGUGUGUGUGUACGUGUGUGCCACUGUAGCAAGAAAACAAACACAAAAGUGAAAAUCAAAGGGAAUUGCAAACAAAAACAAUAGUGCGCAUACAACAACACCAACUACAACAACGGUAAUCAACAACAACAACUAGCCGCAACCGCUGACUUCCUCUUCGAGCAUUUGCAAACGCAUUUACACUCACACACACGCACUCACUGUUACCUGAGUGCCAACGGCAAAGACGGCGACGACGUCGCAGCAUCUAAGCAGCUGACAUACAGCUAAUCUCUCUCCCUCUCUCUCUCUUUAUAACUAUCGCUCGCUUGCUCUCGGUCACUUGCUAGGUAAAUUAAUGCACGCCUACGCUGACGUCGCUGCUGCCGCACGAUAAUGCAAAAGACAACAAAAAGAACAGAAUCCAAAUCAACAACUUCCAGCACGCUGGCAUUUCAACUAGUCAAAUUAUUUGCCUAAGGACACAACGCGAAGUCAGCAACAAGAGCAAACAUAUCCGUCAAAUUAAGUAGAGAUUAGAAAGUUCGAUAACAUAAUUCGAUAAUAUACUCGCGCACUCUCUCACACAUACACAAACAACAUGGAUUGGAUCAUCAGCGAUGAACUUGGUCUGACGGUCGGCCAUGUCGUCGGUUGGGCGGCUGCCUCGGCAAUGGUUAUCGGUGGUGUGAUACCCUAUGUGCCGCAAUAUAUUGAGAUCAAGAAGACGCAGGACGCCGAGGGCUUCUCACUCUACGUCUGUCUGGCGCUGCUGGUAGCCAAUUCAUUAAGAAUACUCUUCUGGUUCUCCAGCCGCUAUGAGCUUCCUUUGCUGGUGCAGAGUGUCGUCAUGAAUGUGACCAUGUUCCUAAUGAUACACCUUUGCGUGAAGGUUAAGCGCAUGAAUGCCAAUUCGCGGGGCGAGCAUACGCUGCGUGGCGACGAGCUGCACUUGCCGAAAGUGCUGACGGACACGGACACCGGCGCCUCCAUAUCCACGGAUGUGGGCGUGCUGAAGCGUGCACGUUCCAGGCAUUAUCUGAAUGAUCUGGACUUCAAGUACUUUUGGAACUGGACAGACUUUCAAUCGUAUUUGGACAUGAUGCUAGUCGUCUGGGCCGUUGGCGCUGCAAUCACAUAUCUAAUGCUCUCCGUGCACUGGUUCAUGGAGUCCAUGGGCUUCGUGGCCGUCUUCACAGAGGCCAUGUUGGGUGCGCCGCAAUUCCUGCGCAACUUUAAGAAUAAAUCCACAUAUGGUAUGAGCAUUCACAUGGUGAUUAUGUGGACGCUCGGUGAUAUGUUCAAGACUGGUUACUUUAUCGCGAGGAACGCGCCAUCGCAGUUCUGGAUUUGUGGCACGCUGCAGGUCAGCCUGGACAUUGCCAUCCUGCUGCAGGUGUGGAUCUAUCGGAACAACACGAAGCCGCGCGACUUGCGGCGCGGCGAUUAGCAGUUUGCCCCCGAAGAACAACUACAGCAGCAGCAGCAGCAGCAGCAACACCACCAACAGCUACAAGAACAACAACAACAACAACAUCAACAACACGAUCUGUGCAUAUCGCAUUCCGAGGAGCGACAACUAUCGCUGCCCAUAACGCUCAGCAGCAGCGGCGACGAUCAUCUGCUGACAGCACGCGCCGACGAUGAGCACUUCAAGGCUCUGGACUAUGGCCAGUGCCACGACAAUCGCGCCUUCCAGUACCACAACAACAACAAGCUGCUGCCACGCCCCGGCGGCAGCGGCAAGAGCCAGAGCCGGCACGACAAUGCCAGCAGCAGCAACAACAACAACAACGCGACGACAGCGAACGCCGUGGCCGUUGCCCUCGAUGCCCUCGAGGUGGUCAUCGUGCACACGCCGAGUGCGCGGCUCAGCAAUGGGCCGGGCAGGCCGCGCAUUUAUGGCGGCCACGAGCACAUGCAUGGGCGUGGCAGCUGCUGUCAGCGGCGCAAGCGUCACAAUGCCACACAGACGUCGGCGCAGCGCUGCUGCUGUUCGGUCGCUGCCGCCGCGGCAGCAGCAGCCGCCUCGGCCACUGUCUGUCAUUGCCAUGUGACGACGACGCAUCAUCACCAUUGCCACCACCACUGCCACCAUCAUCACUAUGGCACUGGGAAGCGCCGGCAGCGGCCGCAGCACCAGGAGCUGCCGUCGCAUCACUCGCAUCACUCGAAGCAGUCCAAGUUGCAUUCCGCGCACAGUCCGCUUCCAGCCAGCAAGGGCCAGCACAACCACAACAACAACAACACCAAGUCUUCCCUGGACUCGAGCGAGGAUGCAGCGCGAAGUCGGGCGCAGUUGCACUCGGCAGCGAUUGCCAUCGAGAUCGAUGCGGCCACCGUCACGGAGAACAACAGCAGCACGGCCACCUCCAAUUUUCCGUACAAGGUGGCCAGCGAGGGCGGCGGUGCGCCCAUGAAUCUGCUGCCGCUCUCCGAGCAGCAUCGCCAGCGGCGACGCGGCUCACUCAACUCCAACACCACCAUUGAGACGGAUGAGCUGUCGCGCGACGACGACGAUGACGACGACGACGAUGAUGAUGAUGUGCGCAUGGGCGUGCAGCCGGAGGAUGAGGAGCAUCUGACGCCGUCGACGGCCAUACAGCCGAGCAGCAGCUCGAGCAGCACAGCACGCGCCCUUGCCGGCGCUGCGCCGCCACGGAACGAGUGCGUCCGGAUCAAGCGCAAGCGCUUUGUGCCCGACGCCAUGCAGGAUUACUGCAGCAGCUGCUCGCGCUGCUCCAGCUGCAGCUGCGAUCAGGCGCGCACCAGCUCGUGCAGCAGCCUGGACGACGAUCAGGAGGCCCGAGAGCUGACUGUCGCCGUCGAGUGCCAUCGCUGCAUGGCCGAGCAGCAGCCGAACAGCCGACGCAGCAGCCUGAAGAGCUUCUGCUCCUGCCACACGAACAGCUGUUGCUGCGGCCAGUGCAGCGAGGGCGACGACGACGAGCACUUUGCCGGCGAUGAGGAUGAGGAAGAGGACGAUGAGGACGAGACAACGGGACAGCGUGAAUCGUUCUGCACAGCCGCCGAUCACACCAUCCUCAGCACGCCCACGCAGGAGGAGGGCCACAGCAGCACGCUGACGCCGCUCAGCACCCAGGAGCACACGAUGCGCAGCGACCUGGCCGACAAUGAUGUGGAUGGCAUAACCGAUGCGGACGCCUCGUCGCUUAGCCAAUCAGCCGAAUACUUUUCGCUAUCUUCCGCUGUGGGCGGACCACUGCCAGCGACGGCGGCAGCGGCAGCGGCUGUAGGCAAGGUGGAGACGCCGCAGUGCAGCAGCAGCGGCAGCGCCAGCAGCCGUAACAAUAGCAACAACAAGCACUGGAGCAAGCAUAUAAGACUCAAGCGCAGCUCAUCGCCGCUGGACACGCACUUAUGACGAAGCGUUUCGCUGGUCGCCUGGCCAGCGAUCGAUGUCAAUGCGCUGCUGCAGCAAACGAUACGCAAAUCGGCGGUGCUGCAGGAGACGCCAGUGAAGCGGCGCACACCAGUCGCAUCGCCGCAGCUGCCACGUCCAGCCGUUGCAGUCGCUGCCACCGGCAGCAACGACAGCUCCACGGCCACCCUUACGCCGGCGCCCAGCGUCAUCAGCGCCAAGCAAACUUUGGCGGUGACCACGCGCAAUGGCAUCACCACCAACACGACCACAUUGCCAGCGCUGAGGACGAAGCGCGGCGGCAAGUACUCGCCGGUGCUGUCCGGCGAUGCCUACAGCUGUGAUCCACUGCAGCGGCGCUCCACUGAGAUCAUACUCUAGAUGUGGGUCCGUCCCACUGAUACCUCUGCUUGGCUGUGUCUACAACAGAGUUGGAAGGAAGGAAUGACGCUUCUUGGAAUUUCAUGUGCAACAUUUUUCUACUCUCAGAUCAACAAACCAACAUCAUUUAGCUGUUCAUCAUGUUGUUAUUCGGGGGUUCCCCAAUGUACAUUAUUUAUAUAUAUAUAUAAUAUUUUUAUUUGUGCGCCAAUAGCUAAUUUGCU